AUGAAGCCCCCGUCAGCUCCAAUCCCCGAGUUGGGGGAGUUUAUCAUUGCAAAUAAGGACAAACUCAGAAAGAAAGACUCAGAGGCAGAAAUGAACAAGUUGUUAACUGCUAUAAAGUUGGCCGCAAAAGUUGUAAACAGAGAAAUUAAUAUGGCAGGGCUAGUUGACAUAUUGGGGGCAGCAGGAAAUCAAAAUAUUCAGGGAGAAGACCAGCAAAAGUUGGAUGUUUUCGCCAACCGGAAGUUUAUUCAGGCAUUGGUAAACAGGGAAGUUGUUUGUGGGAUCUGCACGGAGGAGGACGACGAAUUCAUUCCUGUCAAUCCAAAUUGCCAUCUUGUGCUGCUGAUGGACCCCCUAGAUGGGUCCUCAAACAUCGACGUAAAUGUAUCUGUAGGGACGAUCUUCUCUAUCUUUCAGCGUCUCUCUCCUGUUGGGCAGCCAGUAGAAAGAAGAGAUUUCCUGCAGCCAGGCAAGGAGCAGCUAGCAGCAGGUUAUGUCUUAUAUGGAUCAAGCACCAUGUUGGUAAUGACGACAGGAUCGGGUGUAAAUGGAUUUACUCUUGAUCCUUCUCUCGGCACGUUCUUCCUUUCACACCCCAACAUGCACUUCCCGAAUGCUGGAUUGGGUAUGCAGGAGACGGCGAAGAUUUACAGCGUUAAUGAAGGAAAUUACAAGGCCUUCCCCGAGGGAGUAAAGAGCUUCAUUGAAGAAGCUCACAAUGGAACGAAUGGGCCAUUCUCUCUUCGUUAUAUUGGUAGUUUAGUGUCUGACUUCCAUAGAAAUUUACUACAAGGCGGCAUCUACAUGUACCCACCAACGAAGAAAGGUGAAUGGCACAAACCCUAA